AUGCACUCUAAUAAUGGUAUGAAUACAACUAAGUUUGGAAGAAAAAAAAUUGUCAUCAAGUCUAUCUAUCUAUCUAUCUAUCUAUCUAUCUAUCUUUUUCUGUGCCCAAUCUAUCCAUAUCUAUCUCUGUCUAUUCAUAUUAAACAUUUUUCAUAUCUAUCUAUCUAUCUAUCUAUCUAUCUAUCUAUCUAUCUUAUAUCGAUUUCCCUUUUAUUCUCCAUAUCCGUUAUAUACUAUUUAUAUCUCUACUUUACUUUCUCCAUCUCUCUUCUCCGUGCAUCCAUUAUUCUGGAUUUCUUCCUAUCUGUCUCACUCAGCGUCUCCAUUUUUCACCCACUCCGUUUCACUUCAUUACCACACUUUAUAAAUGCACCACCACCCAGCUACCCAGCUACCCAGCUACCCACGACCCCGAUUCCAUUCCCUACAGUCCCUGUCUGUGCAGAUCACCGUUCAUUUCGAUGCAAAUAUUUUCAUUUUCCUUCCUUUAUUUAUUUCCUUUCUUCUUCUUUCUUUCUUUCUUUCUUCUUCAUUCGUCUUCACAGCAAUUUUAUUUCUUUCUUCUUUUCUUUUUCUUUCUUUCUUUCUUUUUUUCCUUUCUUUCUUUCUUUCUUUCUUUCCUUUCUUUUUUUCUUUCUUUCUUUAAAAAACUAUUUUAAUUUUGUUUCUUUCUUACACUCCUUUCUUUCGCCUUUCAUUUUUCUUUCUACAAUAUUUUCUUUCUUUCUUUCUUUCUUUCUUUCUUUCUUUCUUUCUUUCUUCAAAAUAACUAUUUUAAUUUUGUUUCUUUCUUACACUCCUUUCAACCUCCUUUCAUUUUCCUUCUCCAGUUUAAAUAUUUUCAUUCUCAAUCCCACCAUCCAUCUAUCCUUCCUUCCUUCCUUCCUUCCUUCCUUCCUUCCUUUACUUAUUCAUUUAUUUAUUGUUGCCAUUUCUUCAUCACAGCUAUUUUCUUUUUAUCUUCAUUUAUUUCUUCACAAUAACUAUUUUAAUUUUUUUCUUUUUUCCUUCCUUCCACUUUUAUUUCUUUCUGUUUUUCUUUCUUUCUUCUUUGAUACAAUUAUUUUCAUUUACUUUCUUUCUUCCUUUCUUUCUUUCUUUCUCCAUUUUCUAUUUAUUUAUUUUAGCUUGCAAGGCAUCUCUCUCUCUCCCUCUCUCUCUCUCUCUCUCUCUCUCUCCCCCUACAGAAUCCCCUCUGGCUCCAGUGAUGCCUGUCCCUUCUAG